AUGGCGGCGCAGUCCAAGCUUGCUCUCCCCGACCGGUCAAUCAAGAGCGUCAUCGCACAGCUCACCAAGCUGUAUGUGUCGAACCGGACCCGGAUCUCCCGCGCCGUCUACCUUACCCUUCUGGUUGCGCUCGUGAACCGCGUCCGGAAUGCCGUCUCUGAGCAGAAGGCUGCGUCCGCGCGCGAGGCGGCCAAGCGCCAGUCGGGCACGACCUCGGUAGACGAACCCGACGCUGCCACCAAGAAGAAGCGGGUUGAGCUGAACCGCGAGUUCUUCAAGUCCCUGCUGAGACUUCUGAGAAUAGUAAUCCCUGGCGUACGGACCAAGGAGACCCGACUCAUCGUCAGCCACAGCUUCUUCCUCGUCGUGCGAACGCUUAUCAGUCUCAAAGUCGCCGAGAUGGACGGCGCGAUCGUCAAGGCCCUCGUCAAGGGAAACGGGAGGGAGUUCCUCACGAGGAUAGUGUGGUGGAUGCUGAUUGCUGUCCCCGCGACCUUCACAAAUUCAAUGUUGUCGUAUCACCAAGCCGAAUUGUCCCUCCGAUAUCGAACACGGCUGACCCAGUACAUACACGACAAGUAUCUCUCUCAACUCACGUUCUAUGGCAUAUCCGCCCUAGAUGACCGGAUUAAGAACCCGGAUCAGCUCAUCGCAGUCGACGUCGCCAAGUUCUCUAAUAGCUUAGCUGAGUUGUACAGCAACCUGGCCAAACCUAUGCUGGAUAUGACCAUCUAUACCUGGUCGUUAUCCAACAGCGUCGGCGGUGAGGGCGUCAUGUUCAUGUCCCUACUAGUGCAGCUCUCGGCUGCCGUCAUGCGGGCCUUGACACCUCCGUUCGGCAGAUAUGUGGCGGACGAAGCGCGGCUCGAGGGUGAAUUCCGAUUCCAGCAUUCGAGACUCAUCGACCACAGCGAGGAAGUGGCACUGUACUACGGUCACGAGGCGGAGAAGGACACGCUUGACAAGGGCUACUUUACGCUCAUUAAGCAUGUGAAUUACAUCCUCCGUCGACGAUUCUACCACGGCUUGAUGGAAGACUUCGUCAUCAAGUAUUUCUGGGGCGCUCUGGGCCUCAUGCUCUGCAGCAUACCCGUCUUCUUCAAACUGCCCGGCCAAUUGGCUGGCACGUCCAGUAUGGGGGACCGGACGGAAUCGUUCGUCACUAACAGGCGGAUGUUGCUAAGUGCAUCCGACGCUUUUGGGCGAAUAAUGUUUUCCUACCGCGAGAUCAUGGAGUUGGCGGGCUACACGUCGCGGGUUGCGUCGCUAUUAGACGUCAUGGACGACAUCCAGGCCGGUCAUUUCGAGAAGAAGCUCGUCUCGAGCUCGGGCACGGAGGACAACGAGGCGGUAUUGAAAGGUCGAGGAAAAGUGGUGGAGAGCAAGGAUAUCGAAUUUAUCGACGUGCCGAUUAUCUCGCCCAACGGAGAUGUCUUGGUUAGGGCGCUCUCCUUCUCGCUCAAACAGGGCGAGCAUCUCCUCGUCGUCGGCCCCAACGGAUGCGGGAAAUCAAGUCUGUUCCGAAUUCUGGGGGGGCUGUGGCCGGUGUACGGCGGCACCGUCUACAAGCCGCCAUUUACGGACAUCUUCUAUAUCCCGCAACGUCCCUAUCUAUCGCGUGGAAGUCUCCGACAGCAGAUCACCUAUCCCGAUAGCCUGCGGACGGUGCGGGCUCGCGGGGUGACGGACGCGCAGCUCCUCGAGAUUCUCAAGAUCCUGUCGUUGGAACACCUCGUCGAGCUGUACCCGGAGGGCUGGGACGCGGAAGCGGAGUGGCGCGACGUGCUCUCGGGCGGCCUCCAGCAGCGGGUGGCGAUGGCGCGGCUGUUCUACCACAAGCCGCGGUACGCGAUCCUGGACGAGUGCACGAGCAGCGUGACGCUCGAGACGGAGAAGGUCAUGUACGACAACGCGAAGGCGCUGGGGAUCACGCUGAUGACGGUCAGCCACCGACGUAGCCUGUGGAAGUACCACAGCCGGAUCCUGCAGUUCGACGGGCAGGGCCACUACGUGUUCACCAAGCUGGACGCCGAGAGGAGGAUGAAGCUCGAGGACGAGAAGGAGGACCUCGACGUGCUGCUGCGGCAGGUGCCGGAGAUCGAGAGGAGGAUCGGCGAGCUGACGGCCGAGUAG